CUAGGAAGGCCGGACUGCACAUCCCAUCGACUAUGAUACCUGCGACUCUCAAACUAUGUUGUGGUAUAUCUCAUCAGCCUCUCCGCAGCGUGACCGGUCUUCAGCAGCCUGCUGUUGGUGCAUUUGGAAAAGAAAUGUCAAAAUUCAUCCUAAGCAAGUCGGACAACUGUUUCCAAAAUAUACCUCAUUCCCUGCAGAAUCUUCUAUGUAUGAAAAUAGGAAUUAAUGCCAAUCCCAACCUUGAAACGACUGUAAUGCUUUCUAGCAGAGAUAUGGUUUAUUUAAAUCAAAUUAAAGAAACGCUUUACAAGGCAAAGUCAAUGCUGCAACAGGAAGGCUGGCAGACUGAACAGAAAAAUGAAGAUCGGAUUCUCAGUAAAUCAUUCCCAAAGAUAGGAAAAGUAUUUCGUGCAGAAACUGUAAUUGACUCCCCGCCAGAACACAUCUACACUCAGCUAUUUGAAAAACUUGAACACAUCGACCAGUGGAACCCAAACGUCAGUAAAGUGCAGAUCCUUCAAAGAAUUGGAAAGCACACAUUACUCACAAGAGAAGUGACCGCACAGAACCCGGCACCCAUGGUCAGCCAAAGAGACUUUGUCAAUGUGCAGCAUUGCUGCAGGUCAGGCUCCUCUUUAUACCUCAUUGGAACUGAAGCUCAUUCAAGCUUGAUGCCACCACAAAAAGAAGUGAUUAGGGCAAAAGCCAAACUCACCUGUAUUAUUUUAAGGCCCGUUGAAGGUGACAGGAGAAAAACACAUUUCACUUGGCUUCUAAGUUUAGAUCUUAAGGGCUGGAUACCUCAAACAAUAACAGAACGGGUCUUGUCCCAGUCCCAGGCCGAUUUUAUCUCACACCUGAGGAGGCACCUGUCGUCAGUAGAGAAGAUCUAAGCUGUACCUUAUUUUAUUAUAUGUAUGAUGGUUAUAUGAAGUUUAGCUAUUAGAGGUAUAAUGCAUAUCACAAUGUAGCUAGCUUCAGAAUGAGUUUUAUUGUUGGGAAAUGAUUGCAGAUUAGCAAUAAAAGGAAAAACUAAUAUUCAUAUAAA